GAAGAACCUAACUGAGAAAGGAGGGGAACACUCCACGUACGUACAUAUAAACAGCGUCGUGUUCUUCUCUUUGUUGAAGAUCAAACCGCCAGCCAGACUGACGGCAGACUGCCGUGAUAUUUGUGUAUACCGGCGACGAGCCAUAGCAGCGUCGCUGCAAUUCGGAGCUGUUAAGGGUUUUUUUGAGCCAAUGAAUGCUGUCGUUGGGUUGAGCUCAGAAGUCACCCCGCUUCAUAAAUUGAUGUCACAUAGACCGUCGCUUGUGUGUAUUGGGCCUGCAGUUCGACAACCGCUUGGGAUAUCGAGAUGCCAUUUACCUCUACAGUAGCCAGUAGUUCAUCUUCUAUUUGUUUCGAAGAACCAGAGAACAGCACUCCUUUUUGGCUGAUAAGGCUCGUUGAUGCUCCGGGAACGCCAUCUACAAAUAUCCUGAACGAUUCAAUCCGUUGCAAACUUACCUUUUAUCCUAUUAAUUGUGACAGCGGUUCACAGCCGCCCGUUACAAAGUCGACAUUCUCCAUUGAUUCGUUACUACGUCAACGACCCUGUCUUGAUAAACAAGAGCGGCUUAUGUUCGACAAACAGGAUCGUCUACUGCUACUCGAAAAGCAACAGGACAACUGGCCAAGAGAUUCGCCAUCUCCGUCACGCUCAUCGUCACCAUCAACCUCGACCAGCCCGACGGCGGCUAGUGCGCAGAUGGCCGCACGUCUCUUAAGCGCUUUCCCCAACUAUCCAGGUCUACUUAGUGCCGUGGCGGGUGUCACCGCGGCUGCCGGUGGGCCAGGGGGCUAUCCUGGUCCAAACCAUCCAGGACAUCCAGCCCAUCCUAGUCUUGGACACCCUGGGGUAUUUGGAGUGAUUCACCAUCCGACGCAUGGCCAAAUUCAUGACCACUCAGCAUUAUCAAAAGUCGCGUCCGGUGUUAGUUUCGAAUGGCUUGCGAGAUCAGCGGGACUGUAUCAACGCGCUGAUGGUGGUGGCCAGCAAAACGGUGGCGGAGGUUUGCUUGGGGGAAAAACUCGCCGCCCACGAACAGCUUUCACCUCCCAGCAAUUGCUUGAACUUGAAAACCAGUUCCGAUUAAAUAAAUACCUUUCUAGGCCAAAAAGAUUUGAAGUGGCGACUAACCUUAUGUUGACCGAAACACAGGUAAAGAUCUGGUUUCAGAACCGUCGUAUGAAAUGGAAACGUAGCAAGAAAGCCCAGCAGGAGGCAAAAGCCCAACAAGUAGCCGGUGCACGAGGGUCAAGCUGUCCAGUCGUCUCAACUGGCGGAAACAACGAUGGAGGCAAUGGGAGAGCUUCGGAACAACAGCCCGGAACAGGGAUGGGGACGAUGACCAAGGCCAAGGAACAAGAUUCACUUUCUGCUUGCGGACUGUCCCCUUCGGCAGCCGAGAGCCAUCUAGCUGUCCAGCUGGGGCCACUUGCCAACCAGCUCGGUCCUAUUGCCAACCAGAUGAGCUCUUUAAACAGCCAAAUAGGAUCAUUAGCACAACCCAGCGGACCAUGCCCUCUACCAUUAAACUUCAGUCUUAGCUCGUCAGCGUUAGGGAAGAUCGGCGGUGUCGUCGCUGUCAUGGGAGGUACAAGCACCGGACGGCCAAAAAGCGGCGGUAGUGGACUUGAAGAGAGUCAUGGCGACGUGGAGAACGACUAUCCCGGUUCGCCGGAGGUCGACGAGGACAGCUCGUCACAAGAUUCAUCGCGAGAGUUGAUGGUUGAUCCCGAGGACCUUCAUGACGCCGCAGCCAGCUCGCCUCGGGAGCCCAAAGAACUCCGAGAGGCUUCGUCACCUGCACUCUCUUCACCGGCCACGCCCACCAGUGGGGUAGCCGUUACCCAAGAUAUUUUAGGUACUCAGGAAAACACCAACAAUUGUAUCUACCGACCGUACGUUGUGUAAGCAAGCGAUAAUAAUACCAAUGG